AUGAGUAACACCGACUUCCUGGGCCGUGCCAUCGAUGUGGUAAAGAAGGCCAUCGAGCAAGACACGGCGGGCGAGUAUGAGAAGGCCUACCAGCUCUACUACCAAUCCCUUGAACUGUUCAUGCUCGCUCUCAAAUGGGAGAAGAACGCAAAGUCCAAGGAAAUGAUCCGCGCAAAGGCCGCCGAAUACAUGGAAAGAGCUGAGAAACUGAAGAAUCAUCUGGCCGAACAAGACACAAAUCGCAAGAAACCAAGUGCCGUAGGCGCCAAUGGGAAGACUGCAAAUGGCGGUGCCAAGGGAAAGGACGAAGAGGGAGACGACCAGGAUCCCGAAUCCAAGAAAUUGAGAGGAGCUCUGGCUGGCGCUAUCUUGACCGACAAGCCCAACAUCAAAUGGGAGGAUGUGGCUGGUCUAGAGCAAGCAAAGGAAGCCCUGAAAGAGGCUGUCAUCCUUCCCAUCAAAUUUCCCCAUCUGUUUACCGGCAAGCGUCAACCUUGGAAGGGCAUCUUGCUUUACGGCCCCCCUGGUACUGGUAAAUCAUAUCUCGCCAAAGCCGUCGCUACCGAAGCAAACAGCACGUUCUUCAGUGUCAGCAGCAGUGAUCUGGUAAGCAAGUGGAUGGGUGAAAGUGAACGUCUCGUGAAGCAACUGUUCGGAAUGGCGCGAGAAAACAAGCCGUCAAUCAUCUUCAUCGACGAGAUCGACGCUCUUUGCGGCCCCAGAGGUGAAGGCGAGUCAGAAGCAUCAAGACGCAUCAAGACCGAACUUCUCGUGCAGAUGGACGGUGUAGGUCGCGAUUCGAAAGGAGUUCUCAUUCUGGGAGCUACCAACAUUCCCUGGCAACUCGACUCUGCCAUCCGUAGACGUUUCCAGCGAAGAGUACACAUCAGCUUGCCCGAUCUUCCAGCCCGAACAAGAAUGUUUGAGCUUGCGGUAGGAUCAACGCCAUGCGAGAUGAAGGCAGAGGACUUCAGGACCUUGGCACAGCUCAGCGAAGGCUACUCUGGAAGCGAUAUCACGAUUGCUGUGCAGGAUGCUUUGAUGCAACCAGUGCGGAAAAUCCAAACGGCGACUCAUUACAAGAAGGUCACAGUGGAUGGUCAAGAAAAGCUCACGCCGUGUUCACCAGGCGAUCAGGGCGCAAGCGAGAUGACUUGGAUGGACGUUGAUACGGAUAAGCUCCUGGAGCCCCCGCUCAUGGUCAAGGACUUUGUCAAGGCAAUCAAGGCCUCGAGGCCUACUGUCAGUCAAGAGGACUUGAAGCACAAUGCGGAAUGGACAGCCGAGUUUGGUAGCGAGGGUGCUUAG